AUGGGUAACAACCAACCUGGUGGAAUCAAUAAACGCGACCGUCCUGGAGAUUAUACUGGUGUGAGCACUCCUGGCCGACAUAGAACAUUCAGUGGAAAUCCGCAGAGCAUUUCAAAUCCCGAAGAUGGAUGUCCAGUCCAGGUAAAAAUAGCCAAAAGUGAUGACGAUAUGGAAGGCGGUAUGGCACCGACGGUUCAAUUCAGAGAAUCUAAUGAGUAUCCUGUCGUUUUCAAAUGGCAUUGCUCUGCUACGAGCCAACGCGCACACGGUCUUCAUUUGUGGGUCGUGGGAUGGAUGGCGACAAAAAAUACCUCUCGUCAAGUCAUCAUGAGUACAAAUUUAUGGUGGACAACAAAUGGGUGGUGGAUGACAAUCAGCCGAAGACGAACAACAAUCUUGGAGGGGAGAACAAUGUUGAUGUCUAUCGACCAAGACGAUUUUGAAAGCAUUCCUAAAUUUCGGAUAUAUUUCGUAUAUUCCAUGCGUGGAUUAUACAGUCAUGCUUUCAUGCAAAAACUUUGC